UGGACAGAGCAAACAGCUGUCAAUCUGACAGCAGUGGGUUCCUGGAGGAGCCACUGGAACCACUGCCCCUCCAGAUGCCUUUCUUGACAAACAAUCAGAGCCCUGUUGAGAAUGGAGGUAGACUACUAAGGGACUACAGCCACAGCUCGGCAUUAUCCCAGGACUGUCAGCAAGAGUCAGAUGAGUCCGAUUCCAAGAGUAUGAUGAGCACAUCGUUUUCAAGCCAAGACUGGAGUGUCUUGCAAGAAAAGUCCUCAACAUCUCUAGUAGAGGAAGAGUCUCGGCUUGAGGUCAUGGAGGGGCUACCAGAGUUGUUGAUACCAGAUAUGGCCUUUGCCAAGACCACCAGUGAGGGAGAACACCCAAGAAUAGAUGGUCCUCUGCAGCAGCUUCUGCCAAUGCCUCACACUGAAGAUGAGGUCAUCGGAGCCACAGUCACUUCAAAAUAUGAUCAUCCACUGGAAUUUGUGGUAACCCACAUCACAGAAACAAAGGACAAAUUUCUGAAGCCUGAGGGAGCUGGAAAAGUACAUGUGCAAAGCCACCAUUGUGAGUCUCAAAGGUCACUUGGAAGUGACUGUGCUCAAGACAAGCUCCUUCCUGUUGACCCUGAGGCCCCAAGAGAUGAAGAGAUCAGCAGACUCCAUCCUGACACUGACAACACCUUCCUGGUCCAAGAAAGUUCACCACAGUGUGUCCCCAAACACAAUAAAGUCAUUCCCUAUGCAGGUGACCUUGUUCAAAUAUCUGAAAAGUUCAUUUCCAACCUCCAUAAACUACCUGGAGACAGGCUCCAGGUGAAGCCAAGGUGUAGUGCUUUGGGUCAAGUAUCACCUAGAAUGGAAACUGAGACAGAAAACUUUCCUCCAAAUGCUGGCAGCUCCCGGUCUGUGACCACCCAGAUGUCCUCCAAGCUGCUGCCAGCUGCCCAGAGUACUGUGGCAUCAGAGACUGAUGCUAGAGGAACAUCUUUAGAAUGUACUAUCUGUGACCCUGUUACCCCAACAGGACCAAGACUGGGAACAGAAGCAAGACAGUUCAAUGAUGCUUCCAUUCAGACUUCUGUAUGUGAGCCCAGGCCCUGGCAUUUCUGUUCAGCUCCAUGUAACAAGAACUUGUUGGCACCUGGACUCCAUCCUCUCACCAAAUCUGUCUCUCUAGACACAGGCUUCCCUAGUUUUUACCCAGCGGGUACCUACCACACUGCACCUUCCCACUACUGUAUCUGCUGUCAUCACCAUCCCCACUGCCAUAGAGAGAGACAAAGCCCUGGCCCUGUGCCCUCAGUCUGUAGGCACUGCCUGUACUCACAUAUUGACCAUCCAGAAGCCCAGUUCAUGAAGACUUUGAAAGUCCUUCAGGACACGACAGUGAGAGAGCUGUGUUCUUGCACAGUUCACGAGAUGGAAGCCAUGAAGAUGCUAUGCCAGAGUUUCCGGGAACAUUUAGAGGAAAUGGAACAGCACCUCACAAGACAGCAGGCACUCUUUUCCAGGGACAUGUCCGAGGAGGAAAGGGAGGAGGCUGAGCAACUGCAAACUUUACGUGAGGCCCUGAGGCAGCAGGUGGCAGAGUUGGAGUUCCAGUUAGGAGACCGGGCUCAGCAAAUCAGAGAGGAGAUCCUACUGCAGCUGGAGCUUCUCACAUCAGAACCACCUGAACACUGUACAAAUCUGCAUCAACAUAACUGGACAGAAGAAAAUAAUUGCCAAAUUUCAUGUGCUAAAAUCCACCCAGCCAUGGCCCCAGAAGCUGUCUUUCCUCACAACAAUGGCCAGCAGGCUCCCUGCUCAGAUGGGACCCAGGUGGCUGCCUUCACUCCACCCACCUUGGAGAACGGUCUCCUUCAUCACCAGAUAGGACUUUGAGCUUGCCUGUGGUUUCUGCUUCGUUCCUUCCGCCUAACACCUGCUGAAUGAAGAGGAACACCUGGCUCUGGGCCCUCCCUAACCUGGCAGCCAUCUGCCUUAUAAAUCUCAUAUCCUACCUUGCCCUCAAACAAAUCUUAAAUUCUAUUUCCCAAAGCCACCUUGUACUUUCCUGCUUCCUUUGUAAUAUGCAUGAAAUAUCUCUACAGUAAGUCCUGAGGCAGACUGCAUCUCUUGCACAAACUUUCUUUGAUGAUCUGUGAAUGAAGCAAUCCCUAUUUUUUGGAAAACUCCUAUAUUACUUUGUAUUUGUAUUAGGGCAUUUAUAGCCUACCACCAUGUGCUUCUAUUAUCUGUGUAGAUCAUAUCUUCUCAUUAGUCUUAAAGCUGUUUGAGGACUGUGUAGCACCUUCUACUAUCAGACUGAAAGAACAGGCUCCCUCCUUUACCACGUGUGACCUUAGGCACUUGCUUUCUUUGCCCUGGUUUCUUCCUCUAUAAAAUAGGGAUAAGAAAAGCAACAUAGAGUUGUUGGACAAAAUAAAUAAAUCCCAUGCAGUGUUUAAUCUGGUGCCUAUCACAUAGUAAAUUUCAAUGUAUGUUUGCUAUUAUUACAAGUGUGCAUACCAAAAAUUCAAUAAAUGUAAGCUAUAA